GUGUACGAUAUCAACACAGUAACGAUUUUGGGUACUGAAUAUAGUAGUUCAAAAGAUCACUCUAAAUGGGGAGUUUCAAUGGAUGAAAAGGUGCCCGCCGUUUGUAUUGGCGAUGUGAACAGACAGGAAUCACAAUUCAAACGUGGCGGUGGUGCUGUUUGCAUUCAAGAUCGCAAGCUAUGGAAAAUCUUUUACGGCUCUGUUGGUGCAUAUGACAACUGCAAAGGCGUAUCUACCCAAAGUGAGUAA